AUGCCCAACGAAAACGAAGACGGUAGAUAUGUCGUUGGAAGUAACAGAAACCUGCCUAUGCUUACGGGCAAAGGGCCUCACUUAAAACAGGUUUCAGGGGUCCUCGGCGGCGACAUUGAGCAUGUCGAGAGUCUUGAUUCAUUGGAAAAAUCCAAAACCCCUCGAAGAUUGAAACAUGCUCGGGCAAAUGUCCAAAAGCAUUGGCGUCGGUUUUGGUGUUGUUAUCUCGUGGCGGCGAUAAUCUUCUUGGCCAUAUUUCUACCAGUUUUCUUUCUGGUUGCAGUCCCGGCAAUCGCUCAACGGAUUGUUGACGAUACAAACCUUCCAGUGUAUUCCGCUCAAAUUCUGGAUCCAAAGACCCAGCAAGUGUCGUUCACUCUUGAUACGUCUCUGAAUAUCCCUAUGGGGCUUCGGAUUCGUAUUGAUCCACUUGAUUUGAGUCUCUUCAAUCGAGAUGUCCAGCCAAUGCAACCAUACCUAACCGUCUCUUUGCCAUCCUAUAGUCUCAAGGGCAAUACAAAUCUGACGGUAACUAAGAAUAACACCGAUAUUUUGAAUGAAGACCAAUUCAUCAAGACUCUCACUCAAGCCGUUUACAACAAAAAAUUUACAAUGUCAGCCAAAGGCUCCACCGUUGGUCAUCUCGGGGCUCUCAAAGCCCCUCUGACUCUUAACAAGGAUAUCGAGUUGGACGGGUUGGACAAGCUCAGCGGCUUUUCUAUUAACUCUGCACGAGUUGUUAUCCCUAAAGAGGCUGACGGUACAAACUUGGUGGGAGAGGCCAUCCUGCCAAAUCAUUCUGAUUUCACAUUCGCGCUGGGUAAUGUGACGUUGAAUCUGAGGAGCUCUGAUUUGAUCAUCGGGCAAGCCACUAUUCUGAACGUUCUUCUCAAGCCUGGAAACAAUACCGUGGCCUUGCGAGGACGCUUGGAAAUAUCCACGGUUCUAGAUAACCUUUCGGAGAUUCUCAGUGCACAAAAGACUGCCUUGGGGGACGGUGAAAUCGAGCUGUCAGCUUCUGGAAACUCCACUAUCUAUAAUGGAGUUCACAUCAAAUACUACGAACAGGUUCUAAAAAAUCUCACGCUCGUGGCUCGAGUGCCAAUACUUCAAGUUGUGGGCGACACGCUAGAUGGCUUGCUGAACAACACUGACUCAGGGUUGGGUAAGGUUUUGUCAAACAUAACUCAGAUUCUGGGAAAUAUUUCCAGUUCUAGUGAUACAUCCGUUGUCGCUCGGUCGCUUCGGUCCCUUGUAUAA